ACUGGACGACCUCUUCUCGCUGAUUCAUUUCCUGCAAGUGUCUCCGUACGACGACUACGCUCAUUGGAACCGAGAGAUCCUCAAACCAUUCCAUUCCACCGACACCGUUGCCAAGGAAACCGCCAAAGUCGCAAUCAAAGCCAUCUUGUCAGCGCUUAUGCUUCGACGAGAGAAGUCGACGUUGGACGUCGAUGGGAAGCCCAUUGUGGUCCUCCCACCCAAGACUGUCGAUACUAUGAAGAUCACAGCCUCCGCUGAGGAACAGGACUUUUAUACAGCGCUUUAUAAAAG